AUGGCCGGGACCCUCGUCUGGGUGGUGUUGCCCAGUGACAGCUGCUGCGGCUGCAGCAGCAGCGGCGGCAACCAGGGGCCUCAGCUGUUCCGAAUCCGGAGGAAGGGGAAGAGCUGGGGGAGGAGAAGGGAGCCGGGGGGGUCGGUUUCGGCGAGCCUGGUGGCGACCCCAUGGAGGUCUUCGGAGGAGAGGGUCUACGAUGUCGUCAUCAAGCAGGCGGCGCUGGUGAGGGACCAGAAGAAGAGCUGGAAGUCGGAGACGGACAUGCCCGCGUCGGUGAACUGGGGCCUCCUCAACGAGGCCUACGAGCGGUGCGGAGAAGUCUGCGAGGAGUACGCGAAGACCUUCUAUUUGGGUAAUCCAUGGCCGCCUCCCUUCCUAGUUUUCUCUCUCCACCCAUCUACCGAGGUAGUCCAGCACAAUGAAACUGGAAAAAAAUUAUGAUUGAAAUGUAGAUGUUCAUGUAGAUUUCUCUCUGUGGAUCUCUGAAUUUGAUGAUUUUUUCUUCAAAAAAAUUAAAUUCAGGAACCUUGCUCAUGACCCCCGAGAGAAGAAGAGCAGUCUGGGCGAUCUACGGUACGCUUCUCAGAGCUUCCCCCUCUCAUCUUCCUCACGAACGCCAUCUUCGUAGCACAAUGCUCCAUGGAUUUUCAUCUCUCCCUGGCCAUGUUUUGACGGCGAUCUUCUCGAUCCAGUGUGGUGCAGGCGCACCGACGAGCUCGUAGACGGGCCCAACGCCUCCCACAUCACCCCCACCGCCUUGGACAGGUGGGAGAAGAGGCUGAACGAUCUCUUCGAAGGUCGCCCCUUCGAUAUGUACGACGCCGCUCUGUCGGACACGGUCUCAAAGUUUCCUGUAGAUAUCCAGGUGGGCAAUCUCUACAUGAAUCUACAUGAAUUACGGAAAUGAGAUGUCGCCUGAAGAUUUAAUCUUGAUCUUCCUCGCUGCAGCCCUUCAAGGACAUGAUCGAAGGGAUGAGGCUGGACCUAAAGAAAUCAAGAUACAUGAACUUUGACGAGCUCUAUCUCUACUGCUACUACGUCGCGGGGACGGUGGGGCUGAUGAGCGUUCCGGUGAUGGGCAUCGCCGCCGACUCAAAGGUCUCAACAGAGAGCGUGUACAACUCAGCUCUAGCCCUCGGGAUCGCCAACCAGCUCACAAACAUCCUCAGGGACGUCGGAGAAGAGUAAGCCUCUGCCGACAUGGCGGGAAUCUGUCACCCUCUUCCAUGUUCUUACCUUAUUUGGUGAAUUUUCCUGUUCAGCGCGAGGAGAGGCAGAGUCUAUCUCCCUCAAGAUGAGCUUGCCCAAGCAGGCUUAUCGAACAUGGACAUCUUUCAAGGGAAGGUGACGGACAAGUGGAGGAGCUUCAUGAAGGGCCAGAUCAAGCGGGCAAGAAUGUUCUUCGACGAGGCCGAGAAGGGCGUCGCCGAGCUCAACCCUGCAAGCCGAUGGCCGGUAUGAUCCAAAAUCCCAUGCGAUUAUCCACCGUUUUAGGGUAGAUUGCUUGAAAAAGGGCUGAACAAUCUUCCCGUGCUGAUGAACCAGGUCUGGGCAUCGCUGAUAAUCUACCGGCAGAUCCUCGAUGCGAUAGAGGCCAAUGACUACGACAACUUCAACAAGCGGGCGUACGUCGGCAAGGCCAGCAAGUUCCUGUCGUUGCCGGCGGCAUAUGCUCGGUCCCUUGCCGCCCCCGCGAAGGGCGGCGGGUGGUUGUGA